AUGAGGAGGAGCAGCAAUAUGAGUGUGAAACAGAGCUUCGGCGGUGGCAGCUCGUAUGGUGGUGGUGGCAGCCUGGGUAUGUCCAGCGGCGGUGGUGGCAGCAUACGUAUGUCCAGCGGCGGUGGCAGCUCGUAUGGUGGUGGUGGCAGCAUGCGUAUGUCCAGCGGCGGCGGUGGCGGCUACAGCUCCCGAUCUGCCAUUGUUUCCAGGAGCGGUCCUGCUAUCUCCUCCGUAUCCUCCAUGAGACUGGGCUCAGCUGCUGGUGGCGGUGGUGGCGGAGGCUUUGGCAUGAGCAUGGGAGGAGGUGGAGGCGGAUUAGGCGGCGGAUUAGGCGGCGGAUUAGGCGGCGGAUUCGGCGGUGGAUUCGGCGGUGGUAUGAUGGGAGGUGGUAUGGGUGGUGGAGGCAUCGUCCCAACUAUCUCCAAUGUCCAAUUCAACUCGAGCAUCCUGGCCCCCCUGAACCUGGAGAUUGACCCCAACAUCCAGACGGUCCGCAGCCACGAGAAAGAACAGAUCAAGGGCCUCAACAACCGCUUCGCUUCAUUCAUUGACAAGGUGCGCUUCUUGGAACAACAGAACAAAAUGCUGGAGACCAAAUGGAGCCUGCUUCAGGAUCAGACCACCUCCCGCUCCAACAUCGACGCCAUGUUUGAGGCCUACAUUGCUAACCUGCGCAGACAGCUGGAUGGGCUCGGCAACGAGAAGAUGAAGCUGGAGGGAGAGCUGAAGAACAUGCAAGGCCUGGUGGAGGACUUCAAGAACAAAUAUGAGGAUGAAAUCAACAAGCGUGCCUCUGUGGAGAAUGACUUUGUGCUCAUCAAGAAGGAUGUUGAUGGCGCCUACAUGAACAAGGUGGAGCUGGAGGCCAAGGUUGACAGUCUUCAAGAUGAGAUCAACUUCCUCAGAGCAGUCUUUGAAGCUGAACUGUCUGAGCUCCAAGGACAGAUCAAGGACACCUCAGUCAUCGUGGAGAUGGACAACAGCCGUGGUUUGGACAUGGAUUCCAUCGUGGCUGAUGUCAGGAAACAGUACGAGGACAUCGCUGCCAGGAGCCGUGCCGAGGCAGAGAGCUGGUAUCAGACUAAGUUUGAACAGAUGCAGACCUCUGCUGGACAGUACGGUGAGGACCUCCGCAACACCAAGAGCGAGAUUGCAGAGAUUAACCGCAUGAUUAGCCGACUCCAGAACGAGAUUGAGACGAUCAAGGGACAGCGUUCCAACCUGGAGGCCCAGAUCGCAGAGGCUGAGGAGCGCGGGGAGAUGGCAGUGAAGGAUGCCAAGUCCCGUAUCUCUGAUCUGGAGGACGCCCUGCAGAGAGCCAAGCAGGACAUGGCCAGACAAGUCCGCGAAUACCAGGAACUCAUGAAUGUGAAACUUGCCCUAGACAUUGAGAUCGCCACCUACAGGAAACUGUUGGAAGGAGAGGAGGACAGAAUUGCCACUGGUACAUCGCACACGGUCCACGUACAGAGCUCAGGAGGUGGCGGAGGAGGCGGCGGUGGUGGAUUUGGCGGCGGUGGAUUUGGCGGCGGUGGAUUUGGCGGCGGCAUGGGUGGCGGCAUGGGAUAUGGCGGCGGCAUGGGUGGCGGCGGCUUUUCCAUGAGCAGCAGCGGCGGCGGCGGUGGCGGUGGAUUUGGCGGAGGCAUGAGCAUGGGCGGAGGUGGUGGAGGAAUCUCAAGGAUGAGCAGCAACAGCACCAGCAGCAUGAGAAUGUCUCGCUACUAA